AUCAUCUCCUCGCAAAGGAAGUGAGAAGAGAGCGAAAUCCAGAGCAGAGCGCACGGCGUCGCAUUUUGGAGCGCUCGCUGCUCGUCGCACGUACGAAGCCCACGCGUCCGCGCGCGUCAGCACGUGCCGGAGCCCCCCCGCACGGGCGCCCCGCUGGAGAGGAUGACGCGGCGGUGCUCGCACUGCAGCAACAACGGCCACAACUCGCGCACCUGCCCUGCCCGCUCCGCCGCCGGCGGCGGCGGGGUGAGGCUGUUCGGCGUGCGGCUCACUACGGCGCCGGCGCCGGCGGCGAUGAAGAAGAGCGCCAGCAUGAGCUGCAUCGCGUCCUCGCUCGGGGGCGGGUCCGGGGGCUCGUCGCCGGCGGCGGGAGGGGGAGGCGGGGGCCGGGGAGGGGGAGACGGCGGUGCCGGGUACGUCUCCGACGAUCCCGCACACGCCUCCUGCUCGACGAAUGGCCGCGCUGAGCGCAAGAAAGGUACUCCUUGGACUGAAGAAGAACAUAGAAUGUUUCUGAUGGGUCUGCAGAAGCUUGGUAAGGGAGACUGGCGAGGGAUAUCCCGAAAUUUUGUUGUUUCCAGGACCCCAACUCAAGUGGCAAGCCAUGCUCAAAAGUACUUUAUCAGACAAACAAACUCGUCAAGACGGAAAAGGCGGUCGAGCUUGUUUGACAUGGUGCCAGAAAUGCCGAUGGAGGAGUCCCCAGCUGCUGUGGAACAAUUUACUCUCCAAAAUACUCAAGACGAAGCUACAAGUUCAAAUGAAUUACCAACCUUACAUCUUGGGCAACAGAAGGAAGCAGAGUUUGCUAAGCAGCAGCCAACUUUUCAGCUAAGCCAGCAUGAGGAUUCUGAAAAUGCAGAGCUUCCAUUGCCAUUACCAGACCUGGAGAUGAACUCCAGUGUACCAUUCAAGACCAUACCUGUUCCAACGGUGCCAGCAUUCUACCCAGCAUUGGUCCCUGUUCCACUAACUCUUUGGCCUCCAAGUGUUGCUCAUGUGGAGGAAGCAGGCGCAACCCAUGAAAUACUUAAACCGACUCCUUUGAAUGGUAAGGAGGUGGUUAAAGCGGAUGACGUUGUUGGUAUGUCUAAGCUCAGCAUUGGUGAUGCUAGCUCUGGCUCCAUGGAACCCACUGCUCUUUCCCUUCAGCUUAAUGGAUCGGCGGAUACAAGGCAGUCAGCUUUUCAUGUCAGUCCACCGAUGAAUAGACCUGAACUAAGCAAGAGAAACAGCAGUCCAAUUCAUGCAGUUUGACGAAGCAUGGAAUAGGCUCACUGGGUCAAGUCUUACAGACUAUACUAAUGGUCCCAAUACCUCAGCAUGUGAGCAUGUACUUCUGUAACAACAAACAACUUCUAAGUUAUUCUAUUUCCAGCUUAUGUUCUUUGUCAUUGACAAAUGUAGGGAUAUAUAUGUCAAUGAAAUCAUACCAUUAAUGUCAGACUGUAUUGUUGCCUGUUGGGAUGCUACACGCAUCUACCUUUUCUGAUUCA